UGGCAUCGGGAGGGGACGACUGCCCCACCCCAUCCCCCAGCCGCGCAUGCCCCGUCGCCGUGGCAACAGGACGCAGCGUCUGGCGGGCGGGAGGGCUGACGCCGGUCAUGUCGGAGAUUUUGUGCGAGUGGCUGAACGCGGAGGUGAAGCUAUCCCGGAGCGUGGUUCCAGGAUCGUUUUCAGAAGAAUUUUCGACUGGCUACCUCCUAGGAGAACUUUUACACAAAUACGGUCUUCAGGAUGACUUUAAUCAAUUUUCACAGAGCAGGGCUGCAAAUGCAAAACUUAACAAUUUUUUUCGCCUUGAGCCCACACUUCACCUCCUUGGUGUACAAUUUAAUGAGAAUGUGGCCCAAGACAUCAUGGCAGGACAGCAUGGGGCUGCAACAAAGCUUUUAUAUGAAUUGUAUAUUGCUUUAGAAAAAAAGAAAAAGGCAAAGCUCACUGGAGUAGCCAUGGAAGCAAUGAGACCUGCAGCAACUGCAAAACUUAAGUCUAUUGAGAGCGCUUUGUAUCGAGAGCGUUUGAAAACUCUAACACCACGUCAGAUUGAUUUGCAACUACAGCAGAUUUCAGAGCAUUUUGAAAUAAAAUCUAAGGAAAUAGAAGAUAAAAUAGCUCGUAUACAUAUUGCAGAACAACAGGAAGUUCAGAAGUUCCAAGAGGAACACAGAGCCCAAGAUAUUGAAAAGCAUUGCACAGGAAGAAGGAGACAAAAAGAAAUAAUGGCCAGGAUUCAAGCAGCUGUUAUACAGAUUCCAAAACUACCACCAAGCCACACCAUAAAAGGUAUCGAAGCCAAAAAAUUAUUAAAGAAGAGAAGAGAAGCAGAGAACACAUACAAGGAGAUUAAAAAGUUUGAGAAGUCUAUGGCGGGAAAUGCCUCUGCAGUACACAGACAAGUCACUGGCAGCGAUAUACAAGAAUCAUUAGAAACACAGAAGCUGCAAGAAACUGCUCUAGAAACUACAGCACAAACAACAACCGAGCUGUUAAAUAUUUAUUCAGAUGAGUAUAUAAGGAAAAUUCAAAAACGCUUAGAGGAAGAUAAGUUUGCUAGAGAACAACGAGAAAAGAGACGACGAAAAAUGCUAAUGGAACAGUUAAUAGCACAUGAAGCUGAAGAGGAGGCUUACCAGGAAGAGCAACUUAUUUGCAGACUAAUGAGACAAUCUCAGCAGGAGCGGAGGAUUGCUGUUCAACUCAUGCAUGUUCGACAUGAAAAAGAAGUGUUAAGGCAAAACAGAAUUUUCAGGGAAAAACAAUAUGAAGAAAGACGACUGAAAGAAUUCCAGGAAGCUCUUGAUAGAGAAGCGGCUCUUGCAAAACAAGAAAAAAUUGAUUAUGAAGAACAAAUUACCAAAGAAAGAGAACGUCAUGAGAAAAUUGCCAUUGAAAGAGCUCAGGCACGCUAUAAAAAGCAUUUUUCUAUAUGUUCAGAAGUGAUUGACCAAAUCAUUGAUUUGUCCACAAAAGUAGGAGAAUAUCGUCUACUGACAAACAACAGAAUUCCAUUAAAACUGAUGCUUGAUUGGAAGGAAUUUUUUUUUAAUGGAAAACCAUUGUAUGAACAAGCCUCAAUUCAACCUUUGCCAAAUGAACUGAGCCCAGAACAGCUUGUAGAGCUGAAUAAAAUUAAUCUGUUAGAUGAAAAAGAUUAUGGUGAAUACAAGAGUAUGACAGGGGAAUGGUGCCCAACUGAAGAUAACAAUGAAAUCAAACCUCCUCUUAAUAAUAACAUAUUGGGUCAUGUGCUUCGUAGACUGAUGGAGAUUUUCUAUCCUCCAAAACCCAAAUCUGCACCACCUGUAUUUCCUCCGUUUCCUGUCAAGGGAUGUAUUUUGGGAAAACUUUUUAGUGGAAAAACGACCUGUGUAAAGUUUAUUGAAAAAGUUUGCAAUAUUCAGGUACUAUGUGUUGAUACUCUAGUUGAGGAGGCUAUCCAAGCUUUUCUUAAAAAUGAAAUGAAAAGUGAACACAAUGUGAUUCCACAAGAAGCAGAGAGUUCUGGGGAACAAAAUGAGGUCCAGAAAAACUUACCAAAAUCACCACUGGAAGUUCUAAAGAAACUCCAAACAGAACCACCUAACAAUGGAACCAAAGGCAAUUGUCCUGUCAAAAAGGAUCCAUCUGGGCAUGAAUUUAAAUCAGAUAACAGUCAGGAUGGCCUAUGCAAGCUAUCUGUACGAGCCCAGCUUGGUGCCGCAUCACAGAAAUUGUUGAAGAAAGGAAAAAGCAUUCCAGAUGAAUUACUAAUUGACAUCCUAUUGGAAGCCAUUAAACAUACACCACCAGAGAAGGGGUGGAUUGUGGAUGGCUUUCCAAUGACAGUUGAUCAGGCAAAGCUAUUUGAAAAAGCCUAUACAGGGAUUGAUCCAGAAGCAAAAGAUGCAAGUUCUGGAAAGCUGUCACUUGUUACAGAUCCCAGAGCCCCGAACAAGCCUCCUGUUACCUCACAUGCAUUUGAUAUUUCUGUGUUAUUGGAUAUUUCAGACACUGUGGUACUGAAACGUGUGGCUAACUUGAAGCGUUUCCACACAGCAGAUAAAUCAAAGUCAUCUCAAACUGAACAGAACAACAAUCAAAAUUCAGAUGCUGAAAUCAUAGAAGAGAAAACUGACUUAGCCAGAGACCAUGUUCUACAUAGAAUUUCAGGCUUUCUAGACACAUGGCCAAAAUUAGAGAAAUGGUUUUCAGUCCAUCAAAAUAUUCUAGUGAAAGUCAAUGCAGAGACAGAAGAAAGUCUCAUGUGUGAAACAGUGAAGGAAAUUAUAAUGGAAGAAAUUGCCAAAAAACAGACUAGAAGGUCUGCUCAAGAAAUAUCAGCAGAAAAAAACCUUUUACCAGUUACAAGUCAAGAUCCGUUUCCUCCUGUUCCUGUGGCACCACCACCAAUUGAACCAGGAUCAGAUGAAUGGAUUUAUGUGGAUGAACCACUUCCCAAGGAGAUACCUGGUUUUUUAGUACCUUACUGGGAAAUGGUAGAAAAUGCAUACAUGAAUACCAUCAAAACUAUACUUAGAUGUCUAAGGGAUGAACAGCACACUGUGAUUGACUACUUAGCAGACAUUAGAAAAAAAUUCCAAGGUUACUUGAAGCGUCCAGAUCUUAAGCAGGAAUUUGUAUCUCAGUGGCAAUCAGAUUUCAAUUCAAUUGCUGAUGACCUGCGAGAAGAUGAGGAAACAAAAGCAGAACUACACCAAAGAGUUACUGACCUAAGAGAUCUUCUCUGGGAUAUCUGUGAUAACAGAAGGGAAGAAGCAGAGCAGGAACGUACUGAUAUCAUGAAUGAUGGCUGGUUACCAGAUCAUAGUGGGAUAGCAAUGAACCAUUUCUUUUCACUUAUGCAGGUUGAACUGGAUCGUUUCCAAGAUACAAAGAGACUUCUUCAUGAUUAUUAUAGGGCAAUGGAAGGAAAAAUACCAACAGAUGAUGGUCAAGAUUUUACUAGAAUCCCAUUGCUAGAUAUUGCUGCUGUAGAGCAGAAAGAAGAUGAAAAUAAAUCAAGAAGGAUUCCUCUAGUUUCUUGGAACCCUCCACCAGAAAUAAAUACUAACAAGUCAAAAAGCAAAGGAACUCCACAGAAGAGUGCUAAGGAUGAGAAUUCUGAAAAUGGAGUGGCCACUUUUGGGAAAGAUGAAAGUCUUAUUACUGAUAUAUAUCAAACAGCAGUGACAGCAGUAUCAAAUAUGGUAACAGCUGAAAUAGAAUCUAAAGAAAUGGAGGAAGAAAAUGAACGUCAGCAGCUAGAACUGAAAGAAGAUAUGAAAUCUUCACAGACGUUGUCAGGCAAAGCUACUGGGAAAGAUGCCAAAGAUGCCAAAAAGCUUUCUCCCAGAUCAGCUACGAAGAAGAAAGGACUGCCUUCUACUGCAUCUAUGGUUGAAGUCAAUCCAGUUCCUAUGACACCAGAAGAAUUAAAGAAACAAGAGCUGACACUUAAAAUAAAGCAAGAAUAUUUCAGUGCCUUGAAACAUGAAGAGGUAGCUGCAAAAUCUCGACUAGAACUUAUAAAAGAAAAAGCUUUAGCAUUUGUUGAAGAGCUAACAAUGAAAGCAGAAGAGGUGUAUAAAGAUAUGGAAAAGUGGCUUGGAUCCAGGUUCUUGGCAGAAAUGUCCAGUGUUGAAAAGCUGAUUGAGGUUGCACGACAUCAUAUUGAGAGUUCUAUCAAAAUCCAAUACGAAAUUACUUUAGAAGAAACAGAUUUCUUCAUCAGCAGUGAUGUAAAAGUGUUUCCUAAUCCUGUUCCUUCACCACAUGUUCCACACAUAGAGACCUCUGGAAAUGGUACUCUAACUAUUUCACAACUUACUAUGCUUCAUAAACAGUUUCUACAAGUGGCACCUAAAGCUCUAAGAGCACUGAAGCAAUUUAAAAGCAAGAGUAAUUCUUCUAGCAAGAGAGAAGGUGGUGACAGAGAGAAAGACAAGAAAGAUUUGGAACAUCAGAGAACAAAGAGGAAUCGACAGUUUCCAAAAAUAUGGCUAACAAAAUACUCCUGGUUAAAAUACGAUGAGGAAAGGGGAAUAAUGUUUUGUGCACCAUGUCGUAAGCAUAAUGUGGAUUUGGGGGAAAACAUUCAUAAUUUUUGUUCUGGCACUGAUGAUUUCAAACUUGAAUUUAUAAAUACACACCAAAGUAGUGAAGCUCAUGCCUGGGCUACCUGUAUGGAAGCUGCCAGUAGUGCUUCACCAGAUACAGGUUCUGCUGAGCAGAUAUGGAAGAGCAUGAACUCCAUAACAUUAGGUAGAGUAGAAAAUAUUUUUAGAACAUGCCAUGCUAUUGCUAAAUCUGGUCGUCCCUUUACAGACCUUGACUGGAUGUGCAAACUAGAUGAUAUGAAAGGAGUGGAUAUUGGUUCUGUAUUUAGAAAUGACAAGUCAGCAAGAAUGUUUAUACAUUUUAUUGCAGAUGUAGAAAGAAGAGCUUUGAAAGAGAAGCUGGAGAAGUGUAAAUUCUUUUCUGUUAUUAGUGAUGGAUUUACAGACAGUAUACUCAAAACAGCUGCAGUUGUCUAUGUAUGCUUUGCAAAUGAAGGAAAAGUCCAUUGCCAGAUUGUUGGGGUUCAACCUGUUCACAGAACUGAUGCUUCAAGUAUGAAAAAUGCAAUUGAGGAAACAUUACAAAUAAAUCUUCAGCUUAGUCUGACAAGCCAAGAUUGGUCAAGAAAAUUAGUUGGGUUUGGGAGUGAUGGAACAGCUGUCAUGGUAGGAGAAAACAGUGGGGUAGCUAAACUUCUGAGGGAAAUUCAGCCUUGUGUACAGUCUGUGCAUUGUUUUGCUCACCGCCUAAAGCUGGCUUACAAAGGAGCACUGAAAAAUAUUCAGCUAUACAACAUCUUAAGCAAUGCCUUGAGAAAUAUGUAUUACUUUUAUCAUAACUCACCUCUAAAUAAGGAUGAUCUCAAAGCCACAUAUGAAGCCAUUAAGUUGCGACCAGCUAUUCCUUCUCGCAUUGGAGGCUCCCAGUGGCUUCCUCGUCUACAAACAGCUCUACAAAUUCUUCUUAAAGGUUAUCCUGCAAUUGUUCUACAUCUGACCAAGAUUGAAAGAGAUUCAAGAGCCUCAAACCAGCAGAAAGUCAAAGGCCUUUUACACCUCCUUCUGAGAAUGGAGAUAGUCAAGUUUUCUCACUUCUUGUUGGAUGUCAUCAAUGUCCUCAACAUUCUGUCACAUGUUACUUUGGAUCACAGCUCCUCCAUUGCAGACAUAUUUGCAACUGUGCAGUCAACACUGGAAACACUUCACAUGUAUCAAACAAGAGCUGGUCCAAAGGAACGCCUGAUUGAGACCAUUCAGCACUUUCAUGGUUACGAGCUUGUUGGAAAUGGAAAUAUUUCAGCAGUACGAGCCAAAGUAUUAAGUAAUUUGGUGAACAGGCUUCAUGAUUGUUUUUGCGAUGCAAGUCAAGAUGUUUUGAGAGCAACUACUAUUGGAAGUUUUAAGCUAUGGCCUAACCAAAUGAAACAAGAAUUUGGUGAAAAGGAAGUGUCUGUCUUGACUAAACAUUAUGAAGUCAUACUAGAAGCUGCUAGUGUGAAAGUAGGUGAAGUAGAAACUGAAUGGAGCAUGUUGAAAUUAGAACUCUAUAACAGAUUUCAGAACGUCCGGACCUUAACAUGGGAUUCAGUGAACUCAGUUUAUUCAAGGAAGUAUCCCAACAUCCUGACAUUGGUAGAUUUGAUCCUAACUCUGCCAGCAAGCUCAGCUGAAACAGAACGAGGCUUCAGUCAAAUGAAACUCACCAUGAUGCAUUUGCACUCUAAACUAAGGUCUGAAAUUGUGACGGAUCUUAUGAUAAUUCAGAUGAACUCUCCAGAUAUCAAAAAAUUUGACCCCCAGAAAGCUAUUAAUUUGUGGAAUUCUACUUGUAAGAGAAAUAGAAGACUUCAGGGAGAUGAUAUGAUGACAAAUGAAAGACCAGAUUACUGCUCUAAAUUUGAUUUACAGAGUCUCUCUGGAAGUGACUAGAUGAAAAUUGUUAGGUUUUAUUUUACAAAUUUCAUGUAACAUACAUGGACACUUUAACAGAACACCUACCUUGCAGGGUUAAUGAUUGUAAUAUUUAUAUUUUUUUCAUAGUGUAUUAUAAUGUUAAAAUAUGGCUUUUAUGUUCACUGCUGAGUCACCUGUAAGUGUUUACAUUUGCCCUUCUAUACCUAACUUCUAUAAAUCUGAAGACAAUGAACAAAAAUAAGAAUACAUUGUUACCUUGGUAACAUGUGGACAGAGGGAUGUCUCAACUUCAAUCUGAUUCUUGCAUUUAGCUGAGUCAUAAUACAUCAUAACACCUGGAGUUAACUGUCAUCUCACUAUCAGUCUUUAAUGGUUCAAGAAGCUUCACUGAUUUUGAAAACCUGGAUUUUCUUUUGAUAAAUGUGUGGAAAAUCAGUGCAUUAUUUCUGUCAAAUGACUGCUUGACCUCUGUAGCCUAUGAAUUUUGGGUCAUACCUUCCCUCCAUAUCUGUACAUGUUUCUGUUUUUUAUUGUCUUGUGGGUAAGGUUUAACAUGACUUUUCACAGAUUUUUGUCAGUCUUGUCUUUCAGAAGACUUUCCUACAGAGACAGAACAGAUCUAUAAAUCAGUCUUCCCAUAGCAAAUGCUCCUACAGCCAGGAUAUGACUAAUAUACUUCACAGUUUGAAUGACAUUUUUCCCUGUAAAAAUGUUUGUGAGGGUUGCAAUAAGAAUUCUGUAUCUUGAUUUUUAAUCCAGGAUCUAAGAAUGAGAAUUGUUUGGAGAAGUAUCUGAUUUCAUAAUUUCAUAAUUCUACAUGUUCUAAAUGCAACUUUACACUUGAUAAUUUCAAAUCAAGGUAAAGCAUACCAGCAGAACAUAUUUCUACAAUCAAUGAAAAAGCAAUGAUUUAUAUCAAAAGAUAGCUAAAGUGAAAUCACUGAUGACCCUGCUUAGUUCUUAUAACAGUGGUGAAGAUGAACUAGAAUUAAUUUGGGAGAAAUGAAUGUGAGGUCAUUCAUCUUUAAAUCAAUCCUUUUCCAUAUCAAGAUCAACUCUCUACUUUCAAUAUAAAAAAUGUCUAGUAAUUGCAGAAUAAAUACUCUUUACAUAGAUACACAUGUUCAUGGUCUUUUUUUGUGUGUCUUGCAUAUAUAUUCAUGCCACUUCUAGGUUUAAAUAGUGUGUCUGAAAGAGAGUAAGUUUUGAAUGCAUGUCUUAUUAAAGGAUGUUAGUCCACUCAAGUAGAGUUAAUCUGUAAGGGUCAGAAAAAGAGAUCCGUACUGUGCAUUAUGUGGUUGAUUAUAAAAGAUUCAUCAUUGAAAUAUCUUCACUUGUGAUUUCUCAGAUAACAAAAAUGUUUUAUACUUAACCUAAUAAGCAACAGGAUAUAUAUCAUACAGGAUACCUUAUUAGAUAUGUGGCAUUGCUAAUUCUAAGGAUUUUCUCUUAUGUCACAUAAUACUGGGGUUUUCCCCUCAAAGUUUCCAAAUGGGAAUAUUUUAACUAUGGUGAGGUUAGAAAAAGUUUGAAAAUGUGUCUCCAGAAUGUAUAACAGCAGAAGACAAAAACAAAAGUAAUGAAGAGAAGUAUAUUUAGAAUCUGUAACACUGAAGUAACUUCCAUGAUCCAAGGGGGCAGCAUCACAUUUUUAGUAUUAGGACUGAAGAUAAUGGAUACAUUGCCCUUGGAAAAAUACAAAGAAAAUCUUGAUAUCAUAACAAGUAGUUGGAAGGGGAUAUCAAGAAGCCAUCCAUGUCUAAAAGUGGGAUCAAAUUUAAAUUCAGAAAAUCUAUCCAAUGUUUGCCCCUCAUUAUUUUUUUAUAAGCUUUUAAAAUAAUCCACUGUAGAAUGUGUGCUUUGCUUUCUUUAGUGCUUUGGUGUCCUUCUGUUUAUAUGGCUUUUUAAUACUAUCUGAAAUAUUUUUGCUGCAAACAAAUUUUAUUUCCUAUCAUUCUUCCUCACUGCAGUUAUGGAGAGGGAGGUUUCCUUAUCCUCUUUGUAAUAUUUGGUUUUAACUGGAAAACUACUGCUAUGUUUUUUCAUAAUCUUCCUUUUGUAGAUGAAACUAGCAGAAUUCCGUCAGCCUUGCUCAGUCUGCUUUCUAAGCCUGUGAUGAUUCUUUCUGCUUUCUUCUGGGCACUCUUUAGUUUCUAUACAUCCUUCUAGAUCUGCAGAUUCCAAAACUGUAUGCCAGCAGAAGCCAUACAGCUGAAAAGAAUGCAAAGAUUAUUUCCAGGGUCUUCCCAUGUACUUUCUGGUGAUACUGUAAUCUACCAUAAUCCCUAGAGCCUUUCUACAGAGAUUUUACUUUGGCAGUAAGAUUUCCAUUGUGACAUUUAUGCGGUUCAUUAUUUCAGCCCAAUGUGGCACUUGGCAUUCAUUCUUAUUGGAUAGUGUGCUUUUUAUCCUAGACUAUAUCUCCAAUUUGUAAAGUUCACUUUGAAUUCUAAUCCUGUUCUCUAAUGUGCUUGAAGUUUUCUUUCCUGACUGGUUUUAUCUGCAAUGUAAUGUGUAUUGAUUUGUGCAGUCUGUUUCUUCAAAGUACUUUGUUCUGUUUCCAGUGAAAUUUAUUUACUCACCUUUACUAUCUCACCAUUUUUUCAACAUCUUUUUGAAUUCUGAUUCUUUUUCCA